AAAUCCGCGCGACUAUCGAAAGGGAUGGGGAAAAGUUGCUCUGGAGUUCAAGCGUGGUGUCCUGUUGCGUGAUCUCCCUCAGCCAGCCUCAGGAAACCAGCGCGUCCACACUCGCUGACCAUCAGCCCAGAGCGCAACAGUCCACUGCGCCGCGCUGAGUUUGCGGUCCGUUCUGGAGGGAGAAAAGGAACAACAUCAGGAAUAAAUCUUCUUUCAUGUUUCACAUUUGAAAGCCGCUUGCUGCAUCGGAGUCCCCAAACAUGAUGAAUUUUAUUCUCAUCUGUCUACUAUGUGGAUUGUAUGGUGUUCUUGGAAAAGAUAAAGAUCAGAAGGGGAAGUUCAGCGUUCCUCUCCUGGAUGUGAAAACUCCGCAUCUGGUCCUGAAUGUCAACCAGACUCUGCUGAUCAGCUGCAGGGGUCGCUGGCAGCUGUCAUGGGCGUUCCCAGCAGGGUUGGCCAGAGAUCAGGUGGAAGUGGAGGAAUCUUGCUGUGGGAGGACAAGCCAGCAGUACUGCAGCCGUCUGAGAGUCCCCCACAGCCAGACCCAACACACCGGCCUGUUCCGCUGCCGGUACCAACACAGAACCCAGAAACAGACAUCCAUCUACGUUUAUGUUACAGACAGCCAGCGGCCAUUUGUGGAACAUCCAGAAAUGAGCCCAGGUGUGUUAUACAUGAAGGAAAAGCAGCCGCUGCUCAUCCCCUGCCGGGUCACCAACCCCAACAUCACCACCACACUGGUCAAGUUCCCCAGUGACGGCCUGAGUCCAGACCGGAGGAACAUUUUAUGGAGCAGCAAGCGAGGCUUCACAAUCCGAACUCCCACGUUCUACUACAUCGGCCUCUUCUUCUGCCAAACGGUCAUCGACGGGGUCAAACAUAAGUCACGUAUUUACUUUGUGCACAGACCAGUGAGCAACAUCACAGAGGUGUACCUGAACACCAGUGGACCUGUGCAGGCCCUGAAGCGAGAGAGGCUGGUCUUGAACUGCACUGCCACCGCCGAGUUAAACACCAGAGUCAACAUCACCUGGGACUACCCUGGAAAGAGCAACAACGCCGGCUCCAUGUCCAAACGGCUCCUGAGACACCAAACACACAUGUUGUUCUACAGCAUUCUAACCAUCCCGAAGCUUCACCGCUCAGACCGAGGUCUCUACACAUGUCGCGUCACCAGCGGUGAUCAAAGCAAACAGCAGAAAGUCACUGUCAUCGUCCACGAUCGUCCGUUUAUCCGUCUGAAGCCAAGGAAUGGAUCUGUGGUGGUGGUACAAUCAGGACAGAAAUCUUACAAAAUCUCCCCCAAGCUAAAAGCGUUUCCGGCCCCUAAAGUCAUCUGGUUGAAGGACGGCAUGGUGGCUGCAGAGCAAUGCUCCAGAUACCACAUGGAAGGGAAUUCCUUGAUCAUCCGGGAUGUCGCAGAGGAGGAUGCUGGGAAGUACACUAUGCUAGUACGAAUCCAGGAAUAUGGACUCUACCAGAAUCUCACUCUGACACUUGUGGUCAAUGUGAGUCCUCAGAUAGGGGAGAAAGCGGUGUCAUUGCAGGACCCCGGAUCUGUCCCGCGAGGCAGCAGACAAGCUCUGCACUGCACAUCCCACGGAGUCCCUCCUCCACACAUCCAGUGGCUCUGGCAUCCCUGCCCGCCCAAAGGCCUGUGUGUGUGUCCGACGUCCUCCUCGCUGUGGAGCCCAGUGACAGAGAGCCUCCUCCCAAUGUCGACACACAACCACAUCCUGAGUGUUACUCAGAGACAAGAAGUGCUUCAGGGGAAAAACAAGACGGUGGGGGUCCUGACUGUAGCAGAGGCGUUUGUGUCUGGAGUGUAUCGCUGCAUCGCCUCCAACUGUGCGGGCUCAGACCAGCUCGACAUCCACUUCUACAUCACAGACGUCCCAGGAGGCUUCAGUGUAAACCAGCAGGAGGAGGCCAGAGAGGGCGGAGACCUCCAUCUCACCUGUUUAGCCAAUAAGUACCUGUACACAGCGCUGUCAUGGCAACAAGUGUAUGACACACAGGAAGCUCAAACCUGUAGACCCGCCUUGAAUAAUCAGCAGCUCACACUGGGGGAGUUCUCCAACUCUUUGAUCCUGUUGCUAAGCAAUCUGACAGCCAGAGACUCUGGAGCCUACAGAUGCACCGCCCGUCACCUGGUCACCAGACAGGAAACACACAUAGACACAGAGGUGGAGGUGACAAUUCUGGAGCCUCCGGUGCUGCUUCACAAUUUGACAGAUUGCACCGUCAACGUCAGCAGCUCAGUGACCCUCAGCUGUCCAUCUGAAGGCGUCCCACCUCCAACCAUCACCUGGUACAAAGACGAAUGCUCCCUGACUCCAGGGUCAGGUAUCGUCAUAUCAGCAGAAGACGGCAGCCUCCAUAUCGACCGAAUCACAGUGGAGGACCAGGGUCUGUAUACCUGCCAGGCCACCAAUGAGAGAGGAUCUGCAGAGAGUUCUGCCCAUAUUUGGGUGAAUAGUUCCUCAGAAACUUCAUUUCUUGAAAUUCCCACUCUCACCUGUACCUGUGUAGUGGCCACGCUCUUCUGGCUUUUGCUCACACUCUUCAUACGGAAACUGAGACAGCCCCACAGCUCAAACACCAAACCAAAGUACUUGUCAAUCAUACUGGACACUGGAGACGGACCAAUAGAGGAGCAGUGUGACCGACUACAAUAUGACCCCAACCAAUGGGAGUUCCCCCGUGAGCGCCUUAAAAUAGGGAAACCUCUGGGCCGUGGAGCCUUUGGGAAAGUGAUGCAGGCGUCAGCGUUUGGGAUAGACAACGCUGCCGGCUGCAAGACAGUGGCUGUUAAGAUGCUCAAAGAGGGAGCUACAGCCAGCGAACACAAGGCUCUGAUGACUGAACUGAAGAUCCUCAACCACAUUGGAAACCACCUGAAUGUAGUCAACCUCCUGGGAGCCUGCACUAAGCCAGGAGGACCGCUGAUGGUUAUCGUUGAGUACUGUCGCUUUGGAAAUCUGUCUACCUUCUUGAAGAACAAGAGAGACGUGUUUGUACAUAACCGGCCGGCUAGAGGGAAAGAUGGAGGUCCAGGUUGUGUCAGUAGCUCGUCUGACAAGCAAAGCAGUGUUAAAGCACAGAUUGAUGACAAAGACAAGAAAGAUAGUGGCCUUGAUCCCAAAUCUGCCUCCAGCUCCCCACUUUAUCUGGAGGAUCUCAUUUGUUUCAGCUUUCAGGUGGCCCGAGGAAUGGAGUUUCUGGCCUCCCGCAAGUGUAUUCACAGAGAUCUGGCAGCAAGAAAUAUUCUGCUGUCUGACAAUAAAGUGGUGAAGAUCUGUGACUUUGGACUGGCCAGAGACAUCUACAAAGACCCCGACUACGUCCGCAAGGGGGAUGCCCGUCUCCCUCUGAAGUGGAUGUCUCCUGAGUCCAUCUUUGACAAGGUGUUCACCACCCAGAGCGAUGUCUGGUCCUACGGCAUCCUGCUGUGGGAGAUCUUCUCUUUGGGAGCGUCUCCAUACCCCGGUCUUCACAUAGAUGAAGAGUUCUGCCACAGACUGAAGGGAGGAACGAGGAUGCGAGCGCCAGAAUACAGCACACCUGAGAUUUACAGCACGAUGUUAGCAUGUUGGGAGGCAAAUCCUUCAGACCGACCGACCUUCACCAACCUGGUGGAGACACUGGGAGACCUGCUACAGGCGAGGGUGCUGCAGCAGGAUGGGAAAGAUUAUAUUCCUCUGGGAUCUUUUGUGGCGGGAGAAACUGGUCGCUGUGAGGCCUUCAAAGAAAACCCUCUUGCGGUCACAAACCUGAGUUACAUGAGGGGUUUGGCCACACUGGAGACUUUUGAGGAAUUACCCUGCGAGGAAGCCGACGGUCCUGACGAUGAGCAGAGUGACAGUGGUAUGGUUCUACCGUCAGAGGAGCUUAAACAUAUGACGAGGAACAGCAGCACCAUGAACGAGAAACUCAGCAGGUUCUUCACCUUUAAAUGCCGAGACAACCCGGUGCCCUUUCUGUGCAAUGACAUCGCCGGUCUCCAUGACAACGAGCCCUCCAUCCUGCCCUGUGAUUGGGAGUCAGACGAGGGCGGCUCCCCUCCUCCAGACUACAACUCGGCCUUCCUGUACCCGUCCCUCUAGCAUUCAGUUCUGUGCAGUCCUUUUAAAACUUCAUACAGGGUUUCUAUAUUUUCCUACUUGUCAUUUUUAGUCACUCUGAGUUUAUCCAUCUUUGCAUCCUCUACCUCAUUAUAAAAUCUGCAGGUAAAAAAAAAACCCAUAUAUUUGCUUUCCUUCAAUUUGCAAAAAUCCCACAUGCUGUUUUACAGCAAAGCUUCCUCACAAUUAUCAAAUAUUAUCUCAGAGCUUUCCUCGAGAGCAGCUAGCUUUUACCUGACAGUACUUAUCCCAUGCAGAAUGUAUUACUGAACUAUUAGAGCUUAUUAUAUUGGUACCUUGUGCUUGGAGCUUUGUGAAGGGGAGCACUGCUGUAGGAUGUAAGUGUCCCUCUGACACAUCUACUAAAUGCUGGACAGAUUUUAUUAUCCACUGGAUUGCAGAAUGUAUCUAUCCGUAUUUAUUUUAACUCCUAAUAGUCAUCAUUUCUGUGUCUUAAAUUGGACUUGUGACUGUAAAUCGCAUUUAGUUUCCAGUUUAUUAGUCACACCGAGCUAUAGAUAAUGCACUUCUGCAAUAAAAUCUACUUUCAAGAAAGUUUUACGAUCCAACAAAUCUCAUUAAUGAAUCUAACAUUAAAUCAGUGCCUCCCAAAUGAAUAUAAUUACUUUGGAACGUGGUGGGAUUAUGUGACGAUCGACGUACAUUUCUCUGUGCAUCCAUGUCUGUUUGUCUGUCUGUCCGUCUGUGUACAACGCUACUCAAAAACGGACAACCGGAUUUGGACGAAAUUUUCAGGGGACGUCAGAAAUGACACAAGGACCACCUAAAUUUUCGCAGUGAUGCAGCUUAUAAUCUGGAUCCAUGGCUUUGUUAUGGAUUUCCAAUUGCCAGAUAUAGCUGCCGGCAUGGCGUCGCUGUAACCAUGACAAGUGAACACUGUGUCAGUUAUCUGUUUUGCAGCUUUUUAUUAACACUUAUGGUAUUAUGUUUUACCACUACAUAAAAGCAAGAACAUGUGGCUCAAUGCAGACAGCCUAACAAGCUCUUCUAGCAUGUAACUUCUUAGCGAUUUAACUGCAAAAAGAGAAAGGUGUAAUUAUCUGAAGUACAUGAGAUUAAAUAGAGGUUGAGGAUAUCUGAUAGGUUUUUGGCUUACAAUGACUGUAUAGAGGCAUGUAGGAUUGGCCACAGCUGCCAAACUGGGCUCAUGUGGACAACAGUAUAUCAUACUUCAAAAUGCAACAAAUGAGUCAGUUCAUUAGUUCACAGCAACUUUCCAGGGAGUAUGAAAGAAACAGAAACAACGCAAAUUCAUCUGGUCAUCUGAGAUCUUUAUUUAUUUCAUUUUUGCAGCAACAGUAAUGGAAUAUAUAUUUGAAAAAGUACCAAAACAGCUGAUUACUGAACUGCAGAACUAACACAGUCCGUGUAUUUUUCUGGCAAUUGGAUUUUCCGUUCUGAAACAGGUAUCGAAAAGCAAAAAACGAGUGGUUAUUUGAUUUUCAUUUUAAAAUAAAAAAAUUGAAAUACAA